UGUAGCGUAGCCCAAGCCAUAAGCGGCUAUACUUUUCCCCCUCAUUUGGAGUGUCUUUGCGGAAGAAAAGCGUUUUUACCGUUUAGCUUUCUUCUGCGCGUCGGCAAUCGCGAAGAUUCUCUAUUCUUAUCCAUUUUGUUUUCUAAUCAGUAUUUAUUUGAUCGACACUGUUAAUAUUGAAAGGGGCUAAAUUUCCAAAAACAGGACGCAACAGGAAUAAGAAAAGAGAAGGGGCGGAAUGAGAGAGGGAAACAGAGUGCAAGAUAUCGAUAGGCUGGAACAUAUAAGGAAACUUAAGGACUAAGCAUUCUGUACAAGCUAUUGAAUAUGAAGCCUUUUAAAAAACAAGGCAGACGGUCACCUCCAUCCACACGAGCCAAAGGGAGUAAGAGAAGACUAACUGAUCCAAGCCCAGAAGAGGAGAAGAGGGACACAGAGGAAAAACCUAGGCUCUCACCCUCCUCUCCCAAGAGAUUGGUGUCCUCAAAUUCAGACUCAUCACAGGAUGAGCUAGUUAGAACCAUCAGGACCCCAGAGAGAGAGGGAAAAAGAGAAGGAAUACUGGAUGUAUCAGAGGAUUAUGGGAAUGCAAAAGAACAUUCUCAGAGCUUCAAAUCAGGUGGAACACAGAGUGACAGUAACAGCCCCAAUCCCUCAUCUAGCCGCAAGACAGCCACCUUUAAGGCCCGUGUGCCGAAGAAAAAAUAUACCUCUGAGCACUAUGCUGGAAACCAUGGCAAUGAUGGAAAUUCAAAUACUCCUCCACAGAGUAACAGCAGUAUGCCUCACAAUUGUUCCAGUGCUUGUCAAGACAACACCUCUGGAGCUGAAUACACAGAUACAGUCAGUCAGAUCAAUCAGGUACCUGUAGCCAGCACCUCAGGGGUCAUACAGAACAACAUGUCAGCACUGUCAAACAGAUUGGGAGCUGAAAGUAGUGAGAGAGAAAAGAUAAACACAUCUAGUCCUCAGCGUUGCUCCUCUACAGACACAGCCAGUGAGCACUCAGCUGACCUUGAGGUAACAACACAGCAACCUGGAUCUCACUCCAGUGUUCAAGGAGGCCCAUCUCAUGUUAGACCUGAGACUCCACAGGAAAACCUACCAGCUGGGCUUUCACAAACACUUGCUAAGGGUUUAAAGAACCAGAGGGUCCUGGCCAGAGUGAACACAAGAAGAGGGGACAGUUGGCCACCUGAUAAAGGACAAGAGUCAUCAGGAGUUUUUUGUGCUGGUGUUGUACGAGAAGUCAGUGGAGAGCAUGGAAGUGUGGAGGUGCAAUUACAUGGAGAGGAAACAAUAUGCAAAUACCCUUUCCGAGUGGUUAAUGAUACGGUAGAUGUUAUAUUAGAUGCACCCCCUCCAGGGCAUGCAUCUGUGCCCAUAGGAACACGUGUGUGUGUGCCCUUUGGAGGUGGCAGUGAAGGCAGUGAGGGGGCACAACAGUGGUACAGAGAAGGCCUGAUCACUCAGGUGGACCCUCACCCUGCUGUUUCCUUCCCUUAUCGUGUCCAGCUCCAGAAUGAUCCAGCAGAUGAAAAGGAUAGAACUGGACCAGAGGAGGACUGGAGGGGCAAAACUGCUCAAGCAGUGUGGGUCUCACGGCAGAGUCUUCGCCUUCUGGUUCCACCAUGGGACCUGGAGCUGCCUCAAACUACUGACCAAGAGAAGGGUGGUCGAAGGGUGGGAGAAAGAGAGAGGGAGUGGGAGGACAAAGAGGAGAUGGAAAUGGAAUCAGAGCUGUGCCGUUUCAGCAUGGUACAUGGGGUAACAGGACCAGUCUUAGUUACAGGACUGUUACAGCCUGAAACUUCUUCAUUACCACUCCCCUCAUCUUGUCCAAUUAGCACUGCCAUCACUUCCGUACUAAGCAUAGCUCCAGACAGACCUUGGGACUGCAGCCGGCAAAAAGAGCUGGAGAAAGAGAGGGAGUUGCAAAGGCAAUCUGAAAAAGAACGAGAAAGGGAAAGGAUUUCUUUACAAGCACCAGCCCCAGAAGAGGACAUGGAGGUUAGCCAUUUCAGCAUGGCUCCACUCAGGGAGGGUGGCCUCACUUUAGCCAUGGGCACCAAACCUUCAGGUGUGCCCUCCCAACAUCGACCCAUUCUCUCUAAGCCUGACUACCUCAGCCCUCAUCUGUCAGUGGUGAGAGGCAUAGGCACACCAUUAGCACCCCACUUAUCCCUUGGCCCCUCCCCUAUACUACUGGGAAUGGAUGCAACUGCAGGGGCUGCAGUCAUCUCUUCUACCCCACAGUUGCCUCCACUGCCUCCCUCUUCUUCUCGCAGCUCCUUGGAGAAAACAUCCACUUCCAGCUCCCAUGGUACAUCAGGGGGAGGCUCUAGCUCAUCUUCUUCAUCACGUUCCCGGACACCUCUCACAGCUGCUCAGCAAAAGUACAAAAAGGGGGAUGUGGUAUGUACUCCUACAGGAAUCCGGAAAAAGUUUAAUGGGAAGCAGUGGCGGCGACUGUGCUCUCGUGAGGGCUGUUCUAAGGAGUCCCAGCGACGUGGCUACUGCUCCCGUCAUCUCUCUAUGCGUACUAAAGAGAUGGAGGCAGGAGGCAGUUUGGGCAGAGACAGAAGUGGUGCCAGCAGUACAGGCACCCUCACACCUGAUCUCCGGUUAGGAGGUCGUACCAGCAGUGAGAUUGACUGGGAUGAGACAUCACAUGACAGUAGUGAAGCCAGCAGUCGUGGAGGAGAUUCACGCCCUCGUCUAAUUUUGCCUUCCCUUCUACCGCAAGAGCUGCCACGUGAUUUGUCACGCUUUGACUUUGAUGAGUGUGAGGCAGCAAACAUGUUGGUGUCUCUGGGCAGCUCACGCUCCGGCACUCCCUCAUUCUCCCCUGUGUCCAAUCAGUCACCAUUCUCCCCUGCCCCAUCUCCUUCACCAUCUCCACUCUUUGGUUUUCGCCCAGCCAAUUUCAGCCCCAUCACUCCACCUUCAUCUCUCACUCCUCGCCGUCCACGCCAUCUCAGUGGUACCAAACUGGGUACUCCCAGUGCAGAGCGGGAUCGCCACCUAUCUGGCAUUAUGCCCACUUUUCAGACCAAUCUGACCUUUACUGUGCCUAUGAGUCCCAGCAAGCGUAAGUUGGAUGUUCCACCACCCCCACUUCCGAUCGCACCUGAUUAUACUAAGUCUGAUCCCCAAUUAAGUGACUUGCCACUGGGUCUCAGUUCUGCAGCCUUCAGAGCAGUAUCACCUCAAAGCCAGUCAAACACACCUUCACUUUCUUUUACUCGACCAAGGAGCACAACCAGUCGUCCGUCAUCUUCUGCUGCAUCCACCCCUCCACCUAUGUUGGUUUCUCCUACACCCCCCUCACCACUGCCACAGGACCCCAGUUCACGACGUAUUGUUCCCCUGCGUGAUUCACCCGUAAUUGUCCGCAAUCCUGAUGUGCCACUGGCAAAAUUCAGUGAUGGCCCCUUGAGCGGAAGAACAGGUUCCCACUCCAGAGAGCACACUCAACCAUCUCAUCUUGCUGUGGGUCUCCAGGCUCCUAUUCCCAUUAACAGAGCUGCCACAAAUGGUACAGUACUGCUCCGGAACUCUGCUCCCACCUUGGUGCUGGUGACCUCUGCCCAGUCACUAACUACUGCAGCAUCUGGUCAUCAAACCUACUCAAGCCAGAGCCCCAGUUGUGUUUCUUCUUCUGGUAUAGCCACUGGUCCUGCCAGUUCAGGCUCUGGAGGGAGAGAGCAAGACAGAAAGCCAGGUGACCAUGCAGAUGUACAAGGAGGGAUUUUACCACAACCUGUGGCCUGCCAUCCGAGUCCCACUGCCCUACUGCCUCUCAUUCUACCAGCAGAGUCUCCACAUCCUGCCCCUCGCAAAGACAUUAUAAUGGGACGACCUGGCACAGUCUGGACGAAUGUGGAGCCUCGCUCAGUGCAAGUGUUUCCCUGGCAUUCAUUAGUUCCUUUCCUGGAGACCAGCCAAACAAAUUCAUCCAACCAUCCUAUAGAUGGUCAAACACAAAGCAAAGAGCCAUUAUGUGGAGUUGCUCUCAUGACUGAUGACCAAUCAGUUGUUGAAAGAGCGUCGCCCUCCUGCCCACCACCCUUUGUAGGUGAACCUCCAGCAGAAAGAGUUGGAGAUAGUGAGACGGAGAGUGAUGCUGAUGAUCUCUUUUACUCAGGUGGAGCCCAAGAUCCUGCCCCACUGACUGGUCCAGUGAAGAGACGGACACAAUCACUCAGCGCUUUGCCCAAAGACAGUGACAAAAAGAGAGAGAAAGACCACAUACGCCGGCCGAUGAAUGCCUUCAUGAUCUUCAGUAAGCGUCAUCGUGCUCUGGUGCACCAGAGGCACCCAAACCAGGACAAUCGCACGGUCAGUAAGAUCUUGGGUGAGUGGUGGUAUGCUCUAGGUGCCAAGGAGAAGCAGAAAUACCACGACCUUGCCUUCCAGGUUAAGGAGGCUCAUUUCAGGGCUCACCCUGACUGGAAAUGGUGUAAUAAGGACAGGAGGAAGUCUUUGUCUGAGGGCAGAGGCACUCCAGGGGCUAAAGAACCCCGAGAACGAAGUGCUUCUGAAAGCACAGAGACCCAGUCAGUUUCUCAGCGGGGUGAGCACAAGGGAGCAGGACCUAGCUGGGUGUCACCAGAGUCUGAGCACUGGGGAGGGCCAGCAGGAGGCCAGCUGACACGGCCUCGUGCUUUGUCCCAGAGUGCAGUGCAUAGCCCGGACAGAAGAGAGGGAGAAAAGGAUCUUGUAAAGAAUGAAGUAAGUUCAUUUCAGACUUGCACCCCUCCUAUCUCACAGCGUAGGACUAGUGAGGAUGUAACUAGUGAUGAAGAACCAAUGGUCAUCUGUGAGGAAGAAGGAGAUGAUGAUGUCAUAGGUGAUUCAUUUCCAGAAGGCUCAAUAGACCUAAAGUGCAAAGAAAGAGUGACAGACAGUGAUGAAGAGAAUGACCCUGCAGAUGAAACUGAUGGCAAGCGAAUGGUUCAUUCCAUCUUGCUCUCAUCUCCUGGAGAUGAAUCUGCAAAUAAAGAGACAGAACACAAGGGAGAGAGGACAGAGAGUAAGAUAAAGCAGGAGACAGAGGCUGGAGAUGUGUGUGAAAGAAUAAAAGAAGGAAAGGAAGGAGGCAGAGGAAUGGGAGAUGGAGGAACAGACCAGGUCCCUAAAUGUUUUAGCAUAAAUGGCACUUUCUCAUCUGAAGCAAAAGAAAUACAGGUGCCAGGGACAGUCCGAACAGCCCCCACGGUAGUGACAAAUGUUGUUAGACCUGUAACUAGUGCCCCCAUUGCAAUAGCCAGCAAGCCUGCUGAAGGGGGCAUGUCUCUUGGGGCUCCAUACCCUGAUGAGAAGCCCAAACUUUUGAUUGGUGGGGGAGCAGCAGCAGGAAUUGGGGCCAAACCUGUUGGGCAAGGCGGUUUAGUCACAGGUUUAGUACUUGGAGGAGCGUUUCCGAACCCACCCACUGUUCGACUCAUAACCCCGCCCCAACCUUUGCCAGGCCCCACCACUAGCAAUGGAGUUCCUAACAACAGCGCUGUGCCACUCCCUCUGCUUCAGCCACAGUUCCUCCCAGCAGCUUCACUCACUCCCCCUACCAAUGGCAAACAAGUCACCCAAGUGCAGUACAUCCUUCCAACUCUACCAGCAACAGCCACCCGAAACAGCCCCUCUUCACAGCAGACCCACCAGUCAACUGGUGUUCUUGCCCUGCCCACUGCCCUGCCAGCACACUUAUCAUUGUCUAAUGGAUUGCAUGCAGGGUCUGGGCCAGGGAUGAGAUAUGCCUCAGUGCCAGCAGUGGGAGGGGUCAGCACAGGAGCAAGAGCCCGGUCUCCAGUCUUACAAAACAAGAUGUUGGUUCCCAUGACAACAGUAAGACCAGGAUCCACACCUCCACAGCCCAUUUCCCUAGUGGCUCAGCCUCUUCCUGUUCAAAAUGGGGUGCAGCCUGGAAGUAAGCUUAUUCAGAUUGCCCCAAUGCCAGUGGUCCAAACUAAUGUCCAGCCUGCACGAACAGUACAUUCUGCUGCCUCUUUCCCAGUCUCUAUGGCAACAGCAACUGUCAUGGCCUCAGGUGUCACAUCUCCUCAGACAGUGCUGUUGACUCCAUCUGCUACAAGGAUUACAUAUGUUCAAUCAACCACUGGUGUCGCUACCCCUUUGUCAUUGGGGUCCACAACAGCAGUCUCCACCCCUCAAAGAGCAGUGCCCCCUCACACACAAGCAUUUUUGCCAUCUGCCAUGGCCACACUGGGCUUCACUGCCAUUGCACCUGCUGGUCCUACAUUGGUGCAUCCAGUAGUGACAGGCCAGCCUCCACUCUUGGCUCAGGUUCCAUCUCCUAGCUGUUUGCCCCAGUCCUCAGCCUCAGAAUCAAGUCGACAGCUAGUGACUGCUCUUUACCCUGGCCCAAGUGUCACCCUGGCGACAGGAGUGGUUUCCAUGACAACCACAUCUCAAAACGUGACUAAUCCUCUGCCAGUGCUGACAUCCCCAUCAUCACCUCAUAUGAAGACAUCUGUGGCAUCAGACGUGCACUUCCAUUCUCACACCUACACAGACUCACUGUCUCAAGUCACUUUGAAGAUGGAAAGUCUUAAAAGGCCAGAUGCAGAUACACACAGAGAAGCAGUGUUAUCAAACACAUCAAGCCAGAUGGAAGAAUUAGGACGGCUUGUUAGUCCAACUCCACACCUGCAUUCAGGAAGUAAGGCAGGAUCCCCCAAACUGCCCCUGAGCCCGCAGAAGAUCAAAGCUCAAGUUGAAUAUCCUUCAUCAAGACAAGAAGGGGAAGAGCAAGAUGGAAAGAAGGCAAGCACAAUGGAGCAUGACAGUGAGAGAGACGGUGGAGGAAUGGGGUCUAUUUGGAUAGAGAAAGCAGUGAGGGAGAGGGGAACAGAAGGAGCUCCCAAAAGCCCGUUAACUAAUAACAAGGAGGAACAUGGGAGAGAGGCUGGACAAAAAGAGGUGGACCUGCCUCCUCCACCAAUGCAAACUGACACUCCAGCACUCAAGAAGAAUAAAUCCCGCCCCCCACCACUCAAAAGCACCACUGGCUCUGUGGACAAAGUGAUGUCAGGCACAUAUUUCGAGGAGCGCUUAGCUGAGCUGCCAGAGUUUAAGCCAGAUGAUGCAUUGCCCUCCCCCAGCUUGCAAAACCUGGCCACAUCUCCCCGUGCAAUUCUCGGCAGCUACCGCAAGAAGAGGAAUUCAACAGAUUUGGACUCUAUUGAUGACCCCAGCUCUCCAAGGAGGAAGAGUCGUCGCUUAUCGAGUUGUAGCUCAGAACCCAACACACCCAAGAGUGCUGCAAAGUGUGAGGGAGACAUAUUCACCUUUGAUCGAACUGCAGGAGAGACUGAGGACAUUUUAGGUGAGCUGGACCGUGUACCAUACUCUCUUCGCCGCACUUUGGAUCAGCGCCGGGCACUUGUCAUGCAGCUUUUUCAGGAACAAGGCUCUUUCUUCCCAUCAGCCCAGGCCACAGUUGCUUUCCAGGCCCGCUACUCUGAUACUUUCCCCACUAAAGUGUGUUUGCAACUGAAGAUUCGUGAAGUGAGGCAGAAGAUCAUGCAGACUGCCACACCUGGUAGUUCAGAGGCCACAGUGAUGGGAGGACCUUUCAGUGGUUCAGAUUCUGCUUGUGCACCAGGACCAUCCAAUCCUGUAACUGGUGAAGAUGGUGUGGCCAGGGUAGAUGAAAAGGGCUGUGAGUGGGAAAAGCCCAAGCCUGGCAUGGAUGAAUCACAGGAUCUUAGAUGAAAACUGAGAGAGGAUAGAUAUGCUAGAAUGUAGGAGUGGGCAGCAGGCAGAUUUAACCCGGUCCACUGACAAUAUACAGCACUUGCAUGGUUUUUGUUGAAUUUAUGGUAUUUGUGUGAGUUUUGUUUCACUUGUUUUCACGUCAUUAUUUUCCUGUCAGUGGACACUAUCUGUGUCAAGGUGACCAUUAAUACAGACUGACCAACAUACAUCUAUUUUAUGCAAAUACACAAAAUCCAUUAAUUUUCACAACAGGCACAAGCACCUUUUCAACAAAAUAUUCAGCAACACACAAAUAAGUGCACCAGGUAGUUGUUCCGUCACUUGCUUUAUAUUUGGAGCCCUUUACUGUGGCGCCUAAGACAGCAUUCUGCACAAAGUUUCUUUGCCUGGCAUAAAAAGAGAGACCGUCUGUAGGAAAUUGGUGGAAAAUGAGUGCACUUGCACUUUGAUUUGUGAGAAACUGAGACAGAACUGUGUGGCCAGAGAGGAAGAGAUGUCUUUGUGCAAUGGAACACGUCCAUUUUGUGGGGAAACAGGCUCAGAACCAAACCUUCCAAAAGCAACAACUGAAGACUAUCACUUGCAGCUAAGCAGAAAGCAAAAGUGAUAGUGACUGCCAAAACAGCACAAUAACAAAGAAACCAACACAGAACACAUAAACCAAGGAAGUGGAUGCAUCUUCUCAAAUGGAACAUCAUUAGCAUGAAUAAUGAAAAAACUCACACACACAAUUUAUGAAUCCAUACUUUUUUCAUUUGUAGUUGUGUUGUAUUGGUGGAAAUUUACCUCCCCCCCCCCAAAAAAAAAAAAAAACAAUAUACACAAAACUCUUCUCUUAUUAUUAACUUUGGUGGCAUUUCUAGCACAGACCAAUUAGUCUAUCCAUGCCUUGGGGCAGAAGAAAAAGACUGUUUUAGCCUAUUAUCUGAAGUUCUUCUCAUGCCUCUAUUUCUGGCCUUUCCUCAACUCCAGCUCUCACUGUAUAUAACCAUGAUGGCUCAGGGGCUUAAGGCUCUUUGCUCC